AUGAAUUUAGAAAAUACCAGUAAUAAAAACACAAAUAAUGAGGGUAGUGGUACUGAUACGAAUGUCCAUGGACAUAAAAGGUCAAAAUCGUUGGUAAGUAUGAUAUUUGGUGAAGAUGUAGCUGAUGAUACUCCAGAGUCUCAAGGUGCAUUAUCCAAGGCUAUUGAAUUAAAAAUAGAACAAGAACGAACUAAACAACAAUAUUAUCGUUUGGAGAAUACAAAUAAGACUAUUGAAUUAUUACAACUGACUUCAAGACUUGGAAUAUCAGUUGCUGAAGUUUCGGCGUUAUUAUCCCCUUCAACUACACAGAGACAACAAAUUAAUAAUACCCCUCCAAAUACCAAUACUAGUAAUAGUAGUAGUCAUGAUACCAACAACAAAACACAGCAAUAUAAAUUUCCUAUGACGAAUCAAGAACGUUUGACUGCUCCCCCGAAGAUUUUACAUAGACGAUUGAAUUCGCCGGCAAGAAUCGGUGCUAAUGCUAUUGCUUCUUUAGCUGUAGAAAACGGAUCCUCUGGAAGUAUGACUAUAAAGGAAGAAGAAAGUAUUCAACUAGGUAAUGAAGAUGAAGAUGAAAAUGAGAAUGGGGAGACCUAUAGUAACCAAGCAAUAUCGCCAUUAACUAAGAGGUUACCUACAUUCCAUAAUUAUAUUACUACAGAUAGAACUACAAGACAUUCAAGAAACAUGUCAUUACCAUCAAUGAAUAAAUUUGUCAGAAAUAAUAAUAAUAAUAAUAUUAAUAAUACUUCUACCACUUCUAUGGCAAACUCUCAAAAUAUACCAGAAACGAUGACCUCAAUUCUAAGUUUUGAUAACUUAAGGAAUGAUCCAUCGUUGGAAAAACCAAAACCUGAAUCUGCACGUCCUGCAAAUAUUCGUAUAUUAGAGAAAUCUGGGAGUCAACCUUUUGGUCAAUCUAAAAGUUCACUGGGAUUGAUUCAAAAGAAACAUAGAAGAGCUAAAUCUGCAUCAGGAUGUUCUGCAUUUGGUGUCAUUGAUUUAAAUGUCAUAGAAGACUCUAAAAGAAAAGUAACGGUAGAUGAUGAAAAGAGGAAAGCUAUUAUUGCAAAUAUUUUAGCUAAUGGGAAAUAUAACCCAAAUAUAAAUUCAAAUACAAUUACAAACUCUACAAUAUCACCGAACAAUCUACCGAAGCCAAUUAUAUCUCCUCCGAAAUCAAUGGAAAAUCAAGAUAACGAUGAUGUUGACGAAAAGACUUGUAGUGAGAGUGGUAGCAGUAGAUGCGCAAGUCCCGUACGUUAUACAACACAUAACCAUACAGUUAACUCUGUCCAAAGACUCUUAAACGAUUAA